AUGCCUGGACUCUGUGAUCAGCUCCUGCGGGAAGCACCCUGGGCCACCCCUCCCCCAUGGGGUGGCGUCCCUGUACCCCGGCACUCAGCCCGGCACCCCGCAACCUGGCUCGGUGGAUCCUUCCUGCGUCUCCCGCCCAGCCUGCAGCGCUGGAAGGCGGCGGCCUUGGCCUGGGCGCUGUGCAGUUCUCUGCUGACCUUCUGGAUGUGCCCAGAGGGCCUCGGACCCGCGCUGGCCCCGCUGCGCCGCCCGCCUCGGACCCUGGACGCCCGGAUUGCCGGCCUGGCCCAGUACCGGGCACUGUUGCAGGGCGGGCCGGCCCCAGGUCCGCGCCUUCGGGCAGGGCCUCGGAGGCGGCGCGCGCUCCAGCACUCUGGCGCGCGGCCAUGUGGGCUGCGCGAGCUCGUAGUGCGCGUGAGCGAGCUGGGCCUGGGCUACCCAUCGGACGAGGCGGCGCUGUUACACUACUGCGCAGGCGUGUGCGAGGCGGCCACGCGCGUCCACGACCUCGGGCUGUGGCGCCUGCGCCAGCAGCGGCGCAUACAGCGGGAUCGCGUGCGCGCGCAGCCCUGCUGCCGCCCGACGACCUAUGAGGAGAAGGUGUCCUUCCUGGACGUGCACAGCCGCUACCACACGGUGCGCGAGCUGUGGGCUCGCGAGUGCGCCUGCGUGUGA